AUUGAUGACCGGCUUCACGACCGACAACUGUCGGACUGGAAGAUAAACUCGGGGAAAAGCAGGAAAUACAAAUUUCAUUUUACAAUAUAGAGAACAUUGCAAUAUUUACUAUAUCCAUUAUGGAGUCUUCGACAAGGCGUCGUUAUACUAAAGGACAAAGCAAAGGGAAUGAAACCUUAGGAGAUUGCAGUGAAGAUGAAGCAGCAGAAGAUAAACAAAACACGUCCCUAUCAUGUUUUAAUUCCUAUGUAGUAUUUUUCGUGUAUGUGGGAUCAGCAGGACUCAUUUAUUUGUCAAUGUAUUUACUGUUUCACAGUUUUCCUACACCAAUAAAAGAGGAAACUGGUUUAUCAGGAAACCAAUUUUGUGAAGAAAGGGCAAGAUACCACCUGGAAAACAUUACUAAGUUUGGACCACGCGUUGCUGGGAGCUAUGCAAAUGAAGUGCAAGCUAAGGACUAUUUGUUGAUGGAAGUUCAAAGGAUGGAGCAACAACUUCAUGCAUCAAAAAGGAUGGAAAUUGAUUUGCAAAUUACAUCAGGCUCUUUUCAACUUGUUGACUUUAUACAAACAACCUUUUUUAGUGUAUAUAGAAAUAUGCAAAAUGUAGUUGUCAAAAUAACAGAACAAAAAGAGUCUGAGGACAGUUUCCUCAUCAACUGUCAUUAUGACAGUGUGUCAUCAAGCCCAGGAGCUGGAGACAAUGCAGUGAGUUGCUCAGUAAUGUUGGAAAUCAUAAGGAUCAUUUCGAUGUCGUCAAUCAAGCUCAAGCACAAUGUGAUUUUCUUGUUCAAUGGAGCAGAGGAAAACAUGUUGCAGGCUAGUCAUGGAUUCAUUACUCAACAUAAAUGGGCCAAAUCCAUAAAAACCGUAAUAAAUCUGGACUCAGCAGGUGCUGGAGGCUGGGAGGUUGUUUUCCAAACAGGGCCUGAGCAUCCAUGGCUGGUGGCUGCAUAUGCAGAUUCUGUUCCACAUCCAUUUGGAUCUGUUAUUGGUCAGGAAUUUUUUGAAUUGGGAUUGAUUCCUUCAGAUACAGAUUUUAGAAUCUUCAGAGACUUUGGGAAAAUCCCAGGUUUGGAUAUUGCUCACAUUGCCAAUGGUUAUAUCUAUCACACAAUGUAUGACCAGCCAAAGUAUAUACCUGCUGGGUGCCUUCAACGAGCAGGAGAUAACCUCUUGGCAUUGACUCUGAAGCUGGCCACCAAUCCUAAAUUAGCAGAUCCGGGACUGGACAGGCACGGAUCAGUGAUAUUUAUUGACUUCUUAGGAUUCUUCAUGAUUCAUUAUCCAAUGAGAAUAGGAAUGAUCCUGAAUUAUCUAACUGUUGUUUUGUGUUUCCUUCACAUCUAUAAAAGAUCAGGAAGAUACACCACUAAAGAUUUGAGUGGUUGGUCCUAUGUUUUGUUGGUGCUGUGCUUUGUGCUGACAUCUGUGUUGACCUGGGUGCUGUGCACAUUUUUGCUAGCCAGUUUUGGGCUGAUGAUGAGUGCGUGUGGAUGGGCCAUGUGCUGGUUCACACAUAACAUCAAUAUCUUCUUUAUUUUCAUCAUUCCCUCCCUUGCAGUGGUCCUGCGUACACAGCAAUAUUUUAGAGUUUACUUUUGGAAGAAAAUCCAUCCUUGUGUAAAAGAAGAAAUUCAUUUUGAUGCCUCGCUCUUGAUAUGGUCCAUUUUUACCUUCACACUGACCAUAUGUGGACUAGCCUCAGCCUUCAUGCCAAUGCUAUGGACAUUAUUUCCUCUAGUCAUCAGAACAUAUGUUGCAUACUACAUCAAUCCAGACUGGAAAUCCUCGUUAUCAUCGUAUUUGUUGGUCAGUCUCAGCAGCAUAGCGGUGCCAGCAGUUCUUAUGAUGGAGGUUAUCUUUGGAAUAUUUUCUCUCAUCGUACCAAUCAUGGGGCGCUCUGGAACAGAAAUGCCUCCUGAUGUGGCCAUUGCAGCCAUCACUAGUCUACUUGUCUGUCUGUACAGCCAAUAUUUGAUUGGGGCUACAUACAUGUGUCACAACGUGAAUUCCUUCCUGGUGUUCCUAGCCUCCUGCUUCACUGUCAGCAUGUUUGUGGUGAUCUUUACUCCUCUGGGAUUGCCCUUCAGUGGUAACCCAGAUGGUCCUUCACCUAAAAGAGUUCUAUCAUUUCAUAUGCAGAGGAAAUUCUAUAAUAAGACUGGUCACAUAACAAAAGAAGACAGUGGACUAUGGAAUCUUCAUUAUGAUUACUUAGGAAGUGAUUUAUAUUUGGAUAAUGAGUUCAUAAAAAAUUCUCAGCUUAAAAUAUGUGAUGGACCUAACUGUGGGUUGCCAUACCUGAUCCCAAUCAGCCAUAUGUUGGAUCCUAGGCAGUCCCUUUACUAUAUGAACUUGGAAGACCCAGGAGUAACCCCAUUGGUGAGGUUAAAGCUUAUAGGGAGAAAAGCUGUCUUACCAGACGUUGAAAGACUAACAUUCCAAGCGUCAGGGCCUGAUCAUAUGACGAUGUAUGUUGCUCCUCAGUCAGGUGUUCAAUUGGUUGCCUGGUCCAUUAAUCGAGGACAUCCUGCACCAGUGUCAAAAACAAAAGCCUCAAAUGAAACUCUUUACUUUGUGUAUUACUCUCAUGGAUUGCUGCCUGAUACACCAUGGGAAUUCUACCUCGACUUUAAGCUCACAGAGAGGACAGAUGUAGUUACGGAAAUUGCCAUGUGUGGCCAUUAUCUCCAUGGAGACCAGCACAUUACUCCACUCCUACAGCGAUUCAUCAACAGCCUUCCUGAUUGGACAGUUCCAAAUGCCUGGGUCGUGACCUACAAUUUGUAUCAGUAUUGAUUAGUGAGAGGAACUUGCAGUUGGGCCAGAGAACACAAGUUUUUUUUAUCAAAUUUUUUAAUAAUGUUUUAAACCUGUAUCUGACUCUCUCUUUACUAAGCCUAUUGAUUUUUUAUUUUUACAAAUUUGUGUUUAAACUCCCAUCCCCCAUAGAUGCAGUUUUGUAGCUCACCUGUCAUAAAAAUUGGAAUUUUUGCUGAACUCCAUACUAACUUUUCUUCUGAAAUAGCUCCGCAUUACAAUUUUAUGUCAUGGGUUAUAAUCAAAAUUAGAUAAGGUAAUCAACUUUAGCUUAUCGUGGAUCAAUAAGUUUUGUUGUUAAUAAGAAUUUUAUCAUUUACAUUGUGUAAAACAUAAUGCAUAUGCUUAGAAGUGCAUAUGUUCCAUACAAAAUAUAUGUACAUGUAUGUAGAAGCACAUGCUAAGGAUGAAGUGAUAAUCUCUUCUGUGAAAAUUAUAGGCAAAAUCAAUUGAAAUCCAAGUAGAUUAAGAUUUCAUUUGACUGCAAUAUUUAUAUUUAUUUUAUCUGAUUAGUAACACAUUAAUCACGAGUAUCAAUAAGUGCUUAAACAUUUGGUAUCCGAUGAGAUAUUGUCAUAAGGAAAACAAACCCAAAAUACACAUUAUUGAUAACAUGACAUCAAUGCAUUAAACUGAAAGGACGUAGUUCAAUAAUAGUGGAAUUUGGCCCAAAUUUUGAAGACAAUUUAAAAUUACUGUAAUAACAGAAGUUUUUAGGUACCAGGUAAUUUAUAUCUAUUUAUAUAGACGUGAACAAUUCAUAAUCUCAGCAACAAAUCCUUGAUUUAUUUUUAUUAUCCUAGUCCAUUUGCUCAACAAUGCCAAUUCUGCCAUGCAUGAUGAUUUCAGUUUCUUCUUGAAACCCCCGCCCAUGGCACAUUCACACAUGUGUAGAGAAGGAGCGACAUUUUAUGUCAUUCCAUUUUACAUGUAUUUAUCUGCAAUAAUUCAUCCUAGUGUUACCUUAUGUUCUAUAUAUGAACAGAAUGAUCUACUUAGUAAAAAUAUUUACAACCGUGGACAUGCAGUGCAAAGAAGAAGAUAAAUCUUAAUCUCCCCCCCCCCCCCCCCCCCAAUACAUUUAUGCUGAUAUUAGGACUUCAGAUAGAAAAUAACAAAUUAAUUCACAAUACAACACACUGAAGUAACAUGAAUGUUUUUUAAUAGUCAGACAAACUGCAAUAGCCCACCAUAUGGCAGUUUCCUUGGAAAGAUUUUUAUAAAUUUUAUACAUAAAACUUGAAAUAGGCAGAGAAAGACUCCUUUGGAUUUUCAGAUUUAUCGACUUUGUUGUUAUGGAGUUAAGGGACUUUGAAAUUUUUUUUAUAUUAAGAUAAUAGCACUUUUUAUGGCACACAAUAACUUGAGAUUUUCAUAGAAUUAAUGAUAAUACUCAGAUUAUAAAGAGGAAGACCCCAUUUGAUUUUUUUAUUUAUAUUAAUCAGAUGACAGUCAUAUUUAGAUUCUGGCUUGUUUCUAGUUUUAGACUAUGCAAAUACAAUUCAGGGUAUGUAGGUAUGUAUUUUUUAAUUACCAAUGAAAAAUGCUCAAGAGAUAUAUGUUUAUUUUUUUUAUUAUGGAUUAAAAUGGUGAUGUUUUGUUUCCAAAUGUGUGUUAUAAUUGUUCCUGAGGCAAAAAUGUUUUAGUUUUUAAAUCACCAUAGCCGUGGCAUUAAGUGAGCUUUUCUGAUCAAAAUCUGUUUGUUUAUUGUUGUAGGUAGUGACUUUUCACAUUUUUUUUUUUACUUCUUAUCAAGAAUCGUUGGGCCAAUUUCAAUCAAAUUCCCACACAAUACUUUUGUAAAGGAGAUUCAAGUGUAUUUAAAUGAAGUGCCAGACACAUUUUUUCCCAAGAAAUGUAGUGAAAAUAGGUUGGGGUGUCUAGAUAGUCUUAUCAAAAACCAAUGCAUGGUACCAGAGUAGCCAAAACUUGCAAGAAAACUUUUCUUGAUGUCCACAAGGAUACAACAUUUUGGGUUAAUGUGCAAGCAUCCUUAUAUAGGGUAGAUUCAAGUUUUGUCACACCAUGAUCCUAAUCCAAAAUAUGAGUUUAAAGCUUCACUAGUGGAUAAAUAGGAAAAGAUUAAAUUUUACUAAAUAUCUCCUUAAUAACCACAAGAGUGCAAUUUGUGAAGUUGAUAUGCAAACAUCCUCAGGUAGUGUAAAUUCAAGUUUGGUCACACCAUGCCCCCUGGAAAAAGCCACUUCUCAGGUGAACAAUGUUGUCCAUGAGUCUCUUGUUCUACUGUUGUUUGAUAUUAGACUUAGGCUUUGAUAUUUGUUAUUUGUUUUCAAAUUUGCUAUUGUAAUAUUGAAUAUGUAUAUCUUACCAUGCAAGCACUUUCUUUACAUCAAUAUAUAUCAUGAAAUCAUUAAUGUGUAUCAGUGUAAUGCACAUCUUUAUGCUGUUGUUCAUGAACUUCUGUGAUCAUUUGUUGAUGUUUCAUGCAUUAUCAGAUUUAAAUAUUUUUUGAAAAUCAUACACAUGAACCAUAAAUACUUCACUAGAAAAUGUUUAUGCUGAGAUAGAAUAAUCAUUUUUUUAAACAUGCCUUUUAUUUUGAGCUCAAGUGGGCUUUUCUGAUUGAAGUUUGACAAUUGUCUGCCAUCUGUCUGUCAGUCUGUUCAUCUGUCAUCCAUAAACUGUACACAUUUUCUACUUCUCAAGACCCACUAAUCCAGUUUUAACCAAAUUUGAAACAAGACUUUUAUAGAUGAGUGGAAUUGAAUUAUUUUUUAAAAAGCAUGGGACACAUCUCUUUUAUGCAGACAGAUUAAGAGAUAUGGUGAAAAUGUGGUUGGAUGUAUUGACAAUUUUUUAAAAUUAUUUGAUUUUCAACCAGAUUUGUAAUCAGAAAUAGAUAUGCUCUGUUAAUGAAUUUCUUUGCCAUAUCACUAUUAGGCUGUGGUUCUUCAGAAAUAUGAGCAAUUAAAAUAAUUAAAACAAGAUUUUGAUUUUAAUUCUCAACAACCUAACUACAUGUAGUAAUGUCAAAAUUGGAUUCUCAUAAAAAAUUCUGCUUAUACAGCAAGUUGUUUAGAACUUGUUUUUUAAUCUUUGUAAAAGAACGUGUGUGCUGUUUUGUAAUUUUUACAUAUUAUCAACUCAAUAUGCAAGCAUUCUCAUUGUAGUAUGGGUUUAAGUUUGUUUAAACCAUAAAGCACUGAAACCACAAUACAUGAACUUUCUUAACAUCAUCUUGAUUAGCAUCAUCUCAAUAACCACAACAGUACAAUGUGUCACAUUAGUAAGCAUGCAUCCUCAUGUAGUGUAAAUUCAAAUUCAUUCACAACUUGAUCCUGAUUGCUAUGUUGAAUCUACAAUGGCUCAGAAGAGCAAAGUGGCCCAUGGGCCUCUUUUGUGACGAUUUUUUUAUUGGCUUUUAAAUAUUAGUGGAGUACAUGUUGUAGUUCAAUAGGAUACACUGUAAAGAUAACCAGAAAUCCCAGGAAUGCUGUCUCAGAUAGCAUCUUGUUGUUUACAAGCUUCAUUUGGAGGUUUAUUUAGCCUUCAUGACAUUGACUUCAUCAAGAUAUUUUUACAUUUUUUUUAUCUUCAUGUAUUCUUGUUAUAUUAUGAUGUAACUCUAAGGCAUAAUUUCAUACUUGAUACAAAUAAUGUAGAAAGAUUAAUCAUAGGCACUUGAUUAUCGAAUUCAUGUACCCCCUGUAUUAUAAAAACAAUGCUGUACCUGGCCAUUUUGAAUCCAUAUUCCAGCUGUACAGAAGACAAAAACAUGGCACAUCACAAUCUAAUUCUGAUCAGUCAUGUAGUGCCAUUCCAUUAUGAUAUAAUCUAGAUAAUUUUUAUUCCAAUACUCAUUUGGUACUUGCAUGCCAUAUUUCAAAUUGCAAAUAAUGGAUGGCCUUCAUCUACUAGUCUUGAGUUUCAGGUAGACAGUAUACGUACAUUUAAUGGCACAUUUUACACUAUUAGUUUUUCUGUUUACUUGAUUCUGGAAGAUUUCCAUUCCGUGCCAAUUUCUCUAGUCAAAAUCCUUUAGUAGAAAAUUGUGAAGAUUUUGUAAUGUACAUUUAUAACCUUAUUUAUUACAUGUAUGUUUUCAUUCUUACCUCACAUGAGCUAAGGCUCUUUUCUGAUCAAGUUUUGCUGACUCUGUAUGUCUGCCUGAUGUAAACUUUUCAUAUCUUUAUCCUCUUCUUGAAAACCACUGGACUAAACUGGCCACAAAGUAUCCUUCGAUAAAGGAGAUUGAAGUUUGUUGAAAUGAAGGUUCACUCCUACUAAGGUGAGAUGUCUAAGAGAUACCAAAUGUAAGAUGGACAAGGUCAAAAUCUGAUUCGGCCAUAGUUAAGGUUUAUAAUUUUACAUAAGAAUGUGUAGGAAAUGAGAAGUGUACAAUAUGUCAAAUUAACACAAAAAAUAUUCAUAUAAUGUAGAUUCAAACUUGUUCUUAUACAUCAUGAUAACAUUAGGAAUACAUGUUCAGAAAAGAAAUUACCCCCCCCCCCCCUCCAUUGCAGGGGAGACAUGUUGACUUUGGUCUGUCAGUCUGUCACAAAGUUAGUAAACACAGUUUCUACUACAAUACCAAGUGUAGUUUUGCAACACACCUGGCUUUUUUCAUAUUUAUAUAAAAUCAGUUAAGGGGAAACAUGUGAAAGCAGUUUCUUCUAUAGUUUAACGUGAACUGUGGUAUUUUCUGCACUCUUUUAUGGAUUUGGUUAUUUUCAAAUAUGGGAAUAUUUGUGAAAGCAAAUUUCUUCAUCAUUUUAGAUUAAAUUGGCAUAAAAUGUUGUAGGUGGGGCUUGGCUUACUAAUUAUACAGAUGAUAUACAGGGAGAGACAUAGUUUCUUUGAGAAUCUUCUCUCGAGAACCACAAGGGUAUAAUAAUUGUCAAUAUGCAAACAUUCUUGUGUAUUGUAGACUCAAGUUUGUUCAGACUCUGAUCUCGGAGCUAGAUGAGGGUUUUACGUAGAAAUAUGCAAGUGUUCAGAUGAGCAAUGUGUUGCGUCAGCUUCUUACUUUUCUUUAUGGUCCAAUUUGUUUCAUUUAUAAAUCUAUAUAAUCUUUCUAAAUUGAUUAAAGUGUACAUUAAAACACACUUAUAGUAAAGUGCUGGAGACAAACAAUUUUGAUUUGUAUCGUUACGGUACAUCUAUUUAGUUCAUAAUAUGAUUUGAAUAUAACAGGGUAUGAAACUCACUUCACUGUAAGGGUGAAUUCAUGAUAAGCAUGUUUGAUUUAACUGUUUUACUGCAUACUCUGUAAAGGGAAAUUUUUGUUGUUAUUUUUUCCCUGUACACAUUGGAUUGGAAAUUGAUUAUUUUACAUGAUUUAACUUUGCUGCAUUCCAUAGGAUUUCUGGCUUGUGACUACUAGCAUCUCAUGCACAUCAAAUUACUUUAUUACUAUAAACAUUGUCAUUUUAUUUCCGUCUUAAUUUGUAUUUACAAAUUAGAGUACAAAAAUUUCAUUCCAUAUUUAUAGAAUUUAGCCAAUAGAUGUCAUUUUUUGUUAAAAAUCUGAAAUUUUCUUGAUGCCACUGAUGAAAUGAUUAAAAUAAUGUUGUUUUGUACAUGCAUAUAUUUAUAGGUGUGAUUUUUUCGAAAGAGUUUUUGUUUUGAAAGACCGUUUGAUGUAAUUUAUGGAUUUUAAAAAAAAAAUAAAAGAAAUUAAAAUUA